AUGACGAUAAUAGAUUAUGUUCAGACAUUGUCUGAUAAUCCUUAUUUUGGAGCUGGCUUUGGUCUUUUUGGGUUAGGAGCUGGAGCAGCUAUGUUGCGAAAAGGAAUGCAAGCAUUUAACUAUUUAAUGCUUUUCAUAUACAGGCGACAUUAUAUGAUCACAUUGGAGGUUCCAUGUCGUGAUAAAAGCUAUCAAUGGCUUUUACAGUGGAUUACGUACAAGGGUGCAAAAGAAACACAACAUCUGUCGGUUGAGACAAGUUUCGAGCAAAGAGAAACAGGUCACAUAAAAACUAGAUAUGAUUUCAUACCAAGUAUUGGAACUCAUUUCAUUAGGUACAGAGGGAAUUGGAUAAAGGUAGAACGAACGAGAGAACAACAAACAUUAGAUAUACAAAUGGGCAUACCAUUUGAAACUGUACAGCUUACAGCAUUUGGAAGGAACAGAAAUAUAUAUUUCAAUAUUUUGGAAGAGGCAAGGCAAAUGGCUUUAAAAGAACACGAAGGCAAAACGAUAAUGUACACAGCCUUGGGAAAUGAAUGGAGACAAUUUGGACAUCCUAGAAAAAGAAGACCGUUAGAAUCGGUUGUAUUGGACACGGGUGUUGCCGAACGAAUACUGAAGGAUUGUCGUGAAUUUAUAAAAAAUCAUUCGUGGUACAGCGACCGUGGUAUUCCAUACCGUCGAGGAUAUUUAUUGCAUGGUCCUCCUGGUUGCGGUAAAUCGUCAUUUAUUACCGCAUUAGCUGGUGAAUUAGAACGGGGCAUUUGCGUUCUAAAUCUGUCGGAACGUGGUCUGACAGACGACAGAUUAAAUCACUUAUUAGCUAUGGCUCCUCAACAAACUAUUGUACUUUUGGAAGAUAUCGACGCUGCGUUUAGCAGCCGGGAGGAAACUAAAGAAGUUAAAGCCGCGUACGACGGUCUAAACAGAGUCACGUUUAGUGGUUUAUUAAAUUGUUUGGAUGGUGUUGCUUCUACUGAAGCGAGAAUUCUAUUUAUGACUACAAACUACUUAGAAAGGUUAGAUCCUGCAUUGGUGAGGCCAGGUCGAGUAGACGUAAAGGAAUACAUAGGCUGGUGUAGCGCUACACAAGUGGAACAAAUGUUUUUACGAUUUUACAAACAUAGCGGAGACAAGGCAAUCGAAACCGCCAAAAAAUUUGCAGAGAGUAUAAUAUCACAACAGAAAAGUAUUAGCCCGGCACAAAUUCAAGGAUUCUUUAUGUUUUACAAAAACGAUCCGGAUAACGUGUUGAAGAACGUUUCGCAGAUAUGGGAACUUACGUGACAGACUGAAUUACAAGGUAUGAACAUUAGUAUUAUCGGGCUUUAAAUUGAGUCUGCAAAUAUUUAUAUUAAUUAUACGACCAGCUCGUAUUUAAUCAUUAAUGAUCUUCAACAUUUAAACUCUCUACAAAUAUACACUUAACAGAAAUUAGAUACAAAAUUUUCGAUUUCGCAUUGUCCGUUUUAAUUAAUACGUUACUAUUGACAUGAUAUUGUAAACGACGAUCCGAAGACAAAAUACGUGAUAGCAAAAUAAACGUUGUAUAAUUUUUUUUUCUUAUUUCCGACAAUAUAUUUCCU